AUGGAGAGGCGCUCUCCUGACCCGGAGCCUCCGCCUGAGUCGAAGUUGCCCCAGGAUCCGAUCCCCCUCCUUCCGGAGGAGGACACCGGCUGCUGCGCAGGUCACCUGGUGAUCGUCUCCGAAGGGAGCCCAGAGUCCGGCCAGCUCCCCCGAGUGCGGCUGCGCAAUCGGGAGUUCGAGGUGUGCAGCAGAUCGCUUUACGUCUUCCCGCUGCGCAGCUGCGUGAGGAGAAGAGUUAUCGAGUUGGUUACGUGGUGGGCUUUUGAUAAGUUCAUUCUCUUCCUGAUUUUCUUCAACUCCAUCUGCUUGGCAUCCUACGACCACCGCAGUGAAAGUGACUCUGGUUUCAACUGGGUUUCCGACAACAUCUUCGAUCCCAUCCUCACGAGUUUCUUCACUCUGGAAUUCAUUCUCAAGGUGAUUGCUUUCGGCUUCGUGGUGGACAAGACGUCCUACCUUCGCGAUGCAUGGAACUGGCUGGAUUUCAUCGUCGUGGUCACCGGCGUCCUCCAGAUGACCAACGCCAUAACCAGCCAAGAGGGAGUCGGCUUCCUGCGCAUGUUCCGCAUUCUGCGCCCCUUGCGUUCCCUGAAUGCCGUUCCGCAGAUGAAGGUGCUGGUCAACACCGUGCUCAGUUCCAUCCCAAGACUGGGCAAUGUCAGUAUCAUGGCUGCCUUCCUCUUCGUUUCUUUUGGCAUCGUAGGAGUCAGUCUCUUCGGAGGCGUCUUCCACCGCGGUUGCCACACGAUCCCCAAGCCAGUUCUGGUCGGCUCCAACGGGACUGAGUGUUGGUCGUGGCCCUUUACCGGGGAAGAGCGACUCUGUGGCGGGCGCUACCUCUGCGAGGAUGGUCCGGGGGGCAGCACAGGCUUCUGUGGCGGUCACGAGCAGGACACUGACAAAGCCUUGCGCAGGGGACUCGAUCGCUUGGAAGAUUCGCUCUUCUUUCCGGUACUUGGUAAAGGCAAGCGGGGCGGUAGGGGCGGCAAGGGCCGUGGCCGCAAGGGCAAAUGGCGUGAUGAUGAUGACGGAAAGAAGGGUCACAAAGGUAAAGGGAAGGGCACGACCCCUCCCAAAACCGAAGACCCCUUCGGAGAGUCCCCAGAAGAUGGAGAGCCUACCACUGAGGACAUGGCGUCUGAUGCUGGCAAGAAGAAAGGCCGCAGGCGACGCCGCUCCGAUAAAGACGAGGGUGGUGCUUUGAAGAAAAUGAAAGACGAACAAGAGACCACCCCCGCGAAAAGGGUCCAGAAGGCUGAGGACCAACAUGCUCCAAUGCCUCCGUCGCGCAUUAGCACCGUGCCUGAGUUGCAAAAGCUAUGCGCUGGCCUUACAAGCGAGCGUAUGACGCAAUAUGUGCAUUUGCCGCAAUAUGGCAAAGACAUGCUCGCGGCAGAGCGGGUGCUGGGCACAUUUGAGUGCUCGCAGAAAUAUCGCCCAGGCAUGCUCAACCCUACACUGGACCAGAUUAACAGGUUCGAGACUGCUCUCGAAGCAGCUUUUGCGCUGGGAGGAAAUGGUGUGAGCCUGUUGAGCGAUGGUGUUUCUGAGUUCUCUGGCGUCAAGUACGCCGGGCUUCCUGAGAACUUCAUUCCGUGCACCAUCAAUCUUCCGGCCGCUGGCUUCGACCCGAUAGCCCAGAAUCCUCUCAACAAUCUCGUUACCUGUAAUCGACCCUCCAGUCUGGCCAUUCACGAGAGGGACCUUCUGCUCACGGACAUACAUGUCUUGUUCAUCUGCAAGGUGAAGCAGGUUCCUUGGGCCCAGGCUGUGAAGGCGAUGUUGCGUAUGCGUAACAUCCCGAGUUCUCCCCAGAGACGGGAGUACUUCAGCUUCUUGGCUGAGAUCUACAAUGUCGUUCCGUCUGCGAAUGCAGCGGCGACUCUUCGUCAGAUGGACACCAGGACUGGGUCAUGGACCGCCUGGCUCACCCGGUGUCAAGCUCCGGAUUAUUUCCAACUUGGUCUAUUUCAGGAGCCGUCUGUCGACUUGAUUCGGGAUAAAUUGGUCAGCGACCGGACAUUGACCGGGUUCUCGACAUUCCCUCUUAAGGAUGCUCGAACCUCAUUCGACUCCAGUACCCUGAUCUCGCUUCGCUACGAUGCUGCGACCUACGACCGGAUGUUGGAUGCCGGCUCAGUGGUCACCUUCCAUGCAGACCGGUCUUUCCUGACCCCAAUGUCGGCUGCUGCGAUGUACUCGUUGGCACGACUCGAGUACAAUGACGCAAGCUGUACCGCAGCCAACGAUCUUCCGAACUUGUUGACGGCACGUGAUGGCUUCUUGCUGUCAAACUCCGACUUCUUGGAGUAUCGUGCCGUGACGACCUCGCGAUGGCUAAGGGCCGUCAAGAGGUAUAACCGCAUGUCCGCCACAGCGAUUUGUGAGCGCCGUUUUGAUGCCCUCGGUAUCCAGACGAUGCGUUUCACCGCGCUGCCGGGCACCGUGGACGACGACGAGUAG